AUGGGAAGCAUACCUGUUCUCAUUAAACAUAUUGGUAGUAUGAACAGCAUUGAACAGCAAUAUGAAGAUUACAUCAGUGAUGCAAUAUUGUUGAGCAUAAACGCUUCAUACAACCAACUGCGCGAAGUACUAGCUUCGCACAUGGAUGUCAAUUUGACAUGCAAAAGCAUUCAAAUUGAAUAUCAGUUAAUAGAUAUUGAAGGUUCACAUAUACAAAUGAAAAAGCAUGAAGAUAAUGAGUUUUUGUAUAUUUUUGUCACACUAACUACAUUCAUACAAGGGUUCGAUCAGUGUAGACCUGUGAUAGUUAUUGAUGCAAGUUAUCUUAGAGGACUAUACAAUGGAACAUUUGUAGCUGGAUGUACCAUGGAUAGAGCUGGCCAUAUAUUUUCAUUGACAUAUGGAAUAGUAGAUUCUGAAAAUGAUGCAUCCUGGACAUGGUUCUUUCAGAAUCUAAAGGAAGCAUAUGGUGAAAGAGAACAUAUGUGUGUAGUUUCCGAUCGUAACCCAAGCAUUAUAAAAGCUGUUUCUGGAGUGUACAAUAAUGUACCACAUUAUGCUUGUAUGUGGCAUCUAUGGGGUAAUGUAAAAAAAAAUUUUAGGAAGUCACAUGAGGCAUUGUCUGAAAUCUUCUAUACCAUGGCGAAAUCAUACUCAAAGUCUGAAUUUCAUAAUUUAAUGGAGAAAGUAGAGCUACUUGAUGUUAGGGUGAAGAAUUACUUGGAGUUGGCGGGAUACGAUAAGUGGGCUAGGUCAUAUGCAACAGUUCAUAGGGGAUGGACCUUAACAUCAAAUAUUUCAGAGUCAAUUAAUGUUGCACUGGUAUCAGCUAGAGAACUUCCAAUAUAUGAUUUUUUAGAGGAAGUUAGAUUGAUGCUUGGUAAAUGGAACUGUGAAAAUAGACAGGAGGCAUUGUACACACGCACGGAUCUUAUUGGAAAAUUUCAAGCAAUUCUCCAACAGAAUGAAGUAGAGUGUACACGUAUCAAUGUAUGA